AUGUCCUCUGUACGCACAAGUGGAUCUUACAGGUCUCCUAGUGUUCAUGGUGGCUUUGGAAACAGAGUCAUGGGCUCCUCCUAUGGAGCUGGUGGUGUUGGAUGUGCAUCUGGUGGAAGCAUUAGCUUAGGUCUAGGGGGUGCUGGAGGCUAUGGUUCUGGCUUUGGAUGUGGAGACAACCUUCUUAACAUCAAUGAGAAGGAAACCAUGCAAAUUCUCAAUGAUAGACUAGCUAGCUACCUGGACAAAGUCCGCUCCCUAGAGGAAGAAAAUGCCCAACUGGAAAGGAAAAUCCGAGAGUGGUAUGACAAGCAAACUCCAUACACAUCUCCUGAUUUCAAUCCCUAUUUCAAGACCAUUGAAGAUCUCCAAAACAAGAUCAUGCAAGGAAAUGCUACAAAUGCCUCUCUCUUACUCCAGAUUGAUAAUGCUCGUCUAGCAGCUGAUGACUUCAGAACCAAGUAUGAAAACGAGGCCGCUCUCCGCAUGGGAGUAGAAGCUGACAUCAAUGGCCUCCGUCGUGUGCAAGAUGAACUUGCACUGAGCAAGAAAGACCUGGAAAUGCAAUACCAUAACCUAAAUGAUGAGUUGACUUACCUAAAGAAAAAUCACGAAGAGGAGGUGAACAGCUUGCGUUCUCAGUUGGGUGCCAAGGUCAACGUUGAAGUGGAUGCUGCACCUGCCGUGGACCUAAACAAAGUGCUAACUGAUCUGAGAUCUCAGUAUGAAACUAUGAUGGAACAAAAUGCAAAGGAAGCAGAGAAGUGGUUCCAUGACAAGAGUGACGAACUGAACCAGCAGAUGUCAAGCAGUGCCCAACAGUUACAGACCCACAGUACAGAAAUCCUUCAACUCAAGCAUACUUUCCAAAAUCUGGAGAUAGACCUUCAGACCCAAAACAGUUUGAAAGCGGCAUUGGAGAACAGUUUGGCUGAAACAGAAGCCCGUUACGGUGCCCAACUCGUUCAACUGCAGGAUAUGAUCAAUGAUGUAGAGGUGAAACUAGCAGAGCUCAGAUGUGAUUUGGAAAGACAGAACUUCGAGUACAAAUCUCUCCUGGAUGUGAAGACCCAUCUAGAAAGGGAGAUAGCCACAUAUAGGCAACUGCUGGAUGCAGAGGACUCUCACGUAGGCGGUAUGGGCAGCAUUGGCAGCCCUGGAGGAUCUGCUGGCAUCAGCCUUACCAGCAGUGGAAAACCAAGAACCAUAGUGGAAGAUGUCAGAGAUGGAUACUCUCAGUCUAAAAGAGAAUAA